UGACGGGAAACUCCUGGCCCACUCGUCGAGUACUGCCAUGAAAUUGUCACCAGGUCAUCAUUCUUUGCCACGCAAAAAGACAUCUACAGAAAAAAAUAUGUCAACAUCUCAGAUAUUUCAACGUGGUCAUUCAACGAGACGUAGCUGUUUAUCGCCUCAAUAUCAUCAUCAACAUCAUCAUCAACAUCGUCAACAAGAAAGUUCUCUACAUUUCGAAUAUUUUGUACCGAGAAGUGUUAGCGAGUUUAAUUUAGCUGCUACUGUAGUUACCGAUAUCGCGGUAGCACCUUUACCUCCCACAUCAGCUUUACGACCUUCUUCCGUAAUAACACCACCAGCUUCUGGCCUUACAACCAAUACAUCGGUAACAAAUCAAGGACGUCUAUUGGAUGCUUCCAAUACUACAACAAGAAGUCGAGAAAAAAUGGUUACAUUUGAAGAUGAAGGUGUUAAUUGUGCCGGAUCGGCAACUAAUAGAAAAAAUUUAUCUAACAUCGAUAAUACCUUUAUGUGAUGAAUGACAAGAAUGUGGAAAAAAAGAAAAAAGAAAGAAAAAAACGAGAUGAUGAAACAAAUGUGAAGGAUAUUUACUUUAAAUGAGAGUACGAAUUCUUUAUAUCUCUACGCGUAAAAAGAAAAAAUAAAUAAAUAAAAAUAAAUGGUUUGAUAUGUAUUUGGUUAGAGAAUAUAAACAGAAUUAGCUGAGAAGAAAAAAGAAAAUAAAUAUCAAACAGGAAUUAAUGAAACGAUUUUAAUGAAAAAAAUGUUUUUUUAUAAUAUAUACCAACAUCAGAAACUCAUUGAUUACAAGUAUAGACUACAACAGACAAAACUUAUGGAGUACUUUAUUUAACAAAUGCUCAGUUAUCAUACAAUAAUCAUGUACUCAGGGUAUUGAUAAUGUAAAAACUUUCGUACACUCUAAUGACUGAAUACACAGUUUUCUAAUCUAACAAAUGGAAAUAUGAAAGUAAGAAAAUACUUUUGUCUCUUGCUAAUUUCCUGAUAUCAAUUAUCUAAUCACAUAGUACAACAAGAAAAGGCUAAUCAGAAUAUAAAAAAUUACAACUACUAAGACUCUGGUUGAUAAAAGGAUGCCUUCUAUAGAGUGAUAUGAAUCGUUUUACUGUAUUCAUUCAAAACUGACAUAAUGAUAAAAUAUAUAAAUCAGAAAUAUUAUCUAUGUCUAUAAUUUAAUGCGCAUGAAAAUCAAGGUAUUCAAAUAUAAAAAUGAUCGAAAUCACAUCAUCAAAAAUUUAUGAGCACAAAUUAAGAUUUUUUUUCAUUUAUAAUAUUAAUUUAAAAUUGUUUUAAUUAUAUUCGAAAUCAUGCACCAAUAGAUCUUUUA